UCCCCGCGCAUGCGCAGCCGGCCGGCGGAAGGGGUCGCGCCGGCGGAAGCGGCGGGAGGCUCCAUGGCGGCACUGGUGCGGGCCGUGAGCUGCCAGACGGGAGUAACUCAAUGGACAGCAGCAUGCAGCGGAUUACUGCAGGCAGCCACAGUCCAAGGCCAGUGUAGACAGAUGCUCUACAGUACUUUCCAGAGACACAGGCCUGGCCAGUUCCCACUAUCUGAAUCCUGUGGUGGAUUGAAUCAAGCCAAUGGAGCCAUUACACAGCAAAGCAGAUCAUUCUCCAGUACACAUAAGCAUCUUUCUGCAAAAGAUUCUGUGCAGACAUCUGAAGAGAAAGUGGGCACUUUCACCAGGAUAAUAGAAGCAUUGGGUUUCACGGGACCACUGAAGUAUAGCAGAUGGGUAAAGUAUUCAAAGAUUAAGGUGGCAGCUUUGCGCAUGUACACAUGCUGUGUGGAGAAAACUGACUAUGAGGAAUUUUUUAACAGGUGCCAAAUGCCUGACACUUUGAAUUCAUGGUUUCUAGUAGCCCAGCUUCAUGUCUGGAUGUGUCUGGUCCGAAUGAAGCAGGAGGGUCGCACGGGAAAAUACAUGUGUCGCUAUAUAGUUCACUGCAUGUGGGAGGAUGUGGAGCAGCGUGGUAAGGUGAUGGGGAUUAACUCUGUUGUUCUAAAGCAAGAUAUGAGAAGUAUGGUAGAAAAUUUCUAUGCAGCUCUGUUUGGAUAUGAUGAGGGAAUCUUGUCUGAUGAUCAUGUUCUGGCAGCAGCUCUUUGGAGAAACCUCUUUAACAAGAACUGUGAGGACCCUCGGCAUCUGGAGUUGCUUGUAGAGUACGUGCGCAAACAGGUGCAGCACCUGGAUGCGCUGAGCGGGGAGGACCUGCUGCUGACGGGUGAGGUGAGCUGGCGGCCACUUGUGGAGAGCAACGCCCGCAGCAUCCUCAAGCCCCUUUCCCCUGUUUACAAUGAUGAAGGACUCUGAGUGCCUGACAUCGCUAUCAGAUUGUCAGAUCAGCUUGGGAAGCAUGCUUGAAAUGGGACUGGGCUGAGGCUGUGGAGUCAGGAGGAAAAUCUGCUGUUGGAAAAGCAGUAUUUAAUUAGAUAUCCUACCCAUGGUGCCUCAGUACCAGACCGGACAGCCAUGCUUUUCUGACUGUUCACCUGCAAAUAAAUGCUAGUUCAUUUGAGAACCUC